AAGAAUCAAACACCAUGUCGAAGUCAAAAUGGCUCCCAUUGGAAUCAAACCCUCAAGUUAUGAACGACUAUGUUUAUAAACUAGGAGUAUCUAAAGAUUGGGCUUAUACUGACGUUUUGGGUCUUGAUGAUGAACUUCUUUUAAUGGUCCCUCAACCCGUCAAAGCAGUUAUUCUUCUUUUUCCCAUAACCGAAAAUUAUGAGAAAGAUCGUAAAGAGGAAGCGAAAAAAAUUCAAGAAAAUGGGCAAGAAGUUUCCCCAAAUGUAGUGUUUUUUAGACAAACGAUAUCUAACGCAUGUGGUACUAUUGGAUUGUUACAUACUCUAGCCAGCAAUACGGAUGUAAUUAAAAUUGAUGGUCCACUUAAGAGUUUAUUGGAUAAAACAAAGAAUUUAACACCUGAAGAACGCGCUAAGGUUCUUGAGGACGAUGAAGGAUUGGCAGAAGCUCAUCAAGCUUCUGCAUCAUCGGGACAAACUAAAGUAAAUUUAUAAAUUAUUGAUUUUUAAUUCGUUUUUGUAAUUAUAUAAAUUAAUUAUUUAUUAAUAGGCACCAAGAGCAGACGAAGAUGUGAAUUCACAUUUCGCCGCGUUUGUCGAAAAGGAUGGUUCUCUUUAUGAAUUAGACGGAAGAAAACCGUUUCCUAUUAAUCAUGGAAAAUGCACUGAUUUAUUGAAGGAUUCGGCUAAAAUCAUCAAAAAGUUUAUGAACAGAGAUCCCGAUAAAAUUGAAUUUACAGUAAUUGCGCUCUCAUCUAAUCAAUAAUAAUUUGAUGUACAAAUAAAUAUUUUAUUAUAUCUGCUGAAUCUAUAUAUGAUAUCUGAAGUAUAAAUAAAAUAAAAUGUAUUAUUGUAUUUGGCAAUUUUAAAAAUUAC